AUGACAGAUGUUCCAGUGACAUUUAGCCAGGUUGAGUGUAAUGGGGAUACACCACCUGAAAACGGUAACCCACCGAUCCCUAAAAUCAAUGACAAAGUCAGUGAUGUGGAUGGUACCCCACCUUAUUACAGGGUGGAACCGAGUCUUGAAGAUUUGCCCACAGAAGAGAAUCAGGAGAAAAGUGAAAAAUUGCAAGGGAAGAUGCUGCUCCAUUGGCCCAAAGAUGAGAAGACUCUGAAAGAAAAACCAGAAGAGCAUCUGUUCAUUGUUCAUAAGGCCAUCACAGAUCUUUCUCUCCAAGAAACCAGUGUUGAUGAAAUGGCAUUCAGAGAAGGGCAUCAGUGGAAGAAGAUUCCUCUGAGUAGCAGUAACCAGGAAAUAAGUAGACAAAAGGAAAGGAUUGCUGAACAACGUCUAGAAGAACGAGAAGCUGGGGAUAGGGAGAACAAAGCUUACCAGGCAACUGAAAUCGAAUGGCUGGGAUUUCGAAAGGCUGGCCAAGUUGAUGUGUUGCAUGACAAGGAGCAAGAGGUUUGGGAUGAAGAAACUAACAAUGAAGAUGAGGAUGAAGAUGAAGUUCGAGUGAUAGAAUUUAAGAAAAAAAACAUAGAAGGUUCUCACUUCAAAGAGGAAGGUGAGCCAAGUGAGGAUUCCCCACUGAGCAGCCCCAGCUCCCAGCCUGUGACCCCUGAUGAGCAGCUACCUUUUGGGAAGAAGAGUGAUAUUUCCAGAAAUGCUUAUUCACGAUACAACACAAUAUCCUACCGGAAGAUCAGGAAAGGGAAUACCAAGCAAAGAAUUGAUGAAUUUGAGUCUAUGAUGAAUUUAUAA